AACCUUUGCCCCGAUCUCUCCCUGAUGCCGUAGGCGGGUAUUACAAAAUCUCGCGGGGAUUCCAUUGCCGGAUUGAUGGAUUAGAGGGGACUAGAAAUCGACAACGAACCCUGAUCUAGAAAAUUCGAUUAUUGAUGGCGGUGUCGCGGCCUCCAAACUUUGACGCAUUCGAGGCCUACUUCAAGAAGGCCGAUUUGGAUCAGGACGGGAGGAUUAGCGGUUCGGAAGCCGUUGCUUUCUUUAAGGGAUCUAAUUUGCCCCAGCCAGUCUUAGCUCAGAUAUGGAAGUUUUCUGAUCAGAGCAAUAAUGGUUUCCUUAGCCGCGCAGAAUUUUACAAUGCAUUAAAGCUAGUCACUGUGGCUCAAAGUGGCCGUGAACUAACACCUGAUAUUGUCAAGGCUGCGUUAUUUAGUCCUGCUGCUGCGAAAAUUCCUGCUCCGCAGAUCAGUUCUGUAUAUGUUCCUGCCACUGUGAUGAGUCCUCCAGUUAACCCGAGGCUCCCCUCAGGCACAACAUUGCCAGCGUCCCCCCAUAUAGGUGUUUCUUUUCCAACGGGAUCUCAAAAUUCUGGUGCAAGGGGAGUAUCACCUGGUUUUGCAGUGAAUCAGCUGUUGAUUCCUCCUUCAAACAGCCAUUUAACUAGGCCACCUCAAGGCACUCCAGCUGCUGUUUCUAAUCCAAUACUGGGUGUUAAUCAAGUACCUCCUGGAGCAACCAGUUUCUCCGGUCAGCCUCAAAUUUCAAACACAUCAAGCAUAUCGACCAAUUGGUUUGGCAUGAAUAGUGGUGUUUCUGCUGGGUUUAACUCACAAGUUCCUGUCCAAGGCAUCGUGUCUUCAACAAAACAGGAUGGUAUCUGGUCCAGUGUAGCAGAAACAACAUCCGGAUUGACCUCCAAGCCACUUGCACCAUCUUUAGUAGCGACCUCUUCAUCCACCAGUAUAUUGGGUGCUAAGGAUCCAAAAGCUUUGGUUUUAUCUGGAAAUGGUUUGUCUUCUGACUCCGCUUUUGGAGGGGAUGCAUUUUCUGCAACCCCUCAAGUAAAGCAAGAUGGUCUUUCAGCUGCCUUUUCUUCUGGUAGUGCACUUAGCUCAUCAGGAAUUUCUUCAGCAGCUACCUUGUUUCAAAAUUCAAAGGUUGGUGCACUUGAUUCUUCACAGAGCAAUUUAGUACGUCCCCUUGUUAAUAAUCAGCCUCCAGGGACACAAUCAACAUUGCAGAAAAAUCCCUUAGAUCCAAUUCAAAGCACUUUAACACCAGGUGCAUCUAAGUUGGCGACUGGAAUUCCAAAUUCUGCUACUCAGCCACAGCUUCCAUGGCCAAGAAUUAGUCAAACCGAUAUUCAAAAGUACACUAAGGUGUUUGUGGAGGUGGACAAGGACAGGGAUGGCAUAAUCACUGGUGAACAGGCACGUAAUUUGUUUCUCAGUUGGAAGCUUCCUAGAGAGGUGUUGAAACAGGUGUGGGACUUGGCUGAUCAAGAUAAUGAUAGCAUGCUCUCGUUCAGAGAAUUUUGCUUUGCUCUCUAUUUGAUGGAGCGUUAUCUUGAAGGGCGUUCUCUUCCAGCUUUAAUUCCUGAUGUGCUUAGAUUUGAUGAGGCUUUGCUACAAGCCACUGGUCGAUCUUCAGGUUCAUAUGGUGAGCCAAUUUGGCGGCCAAGUCCUGGCUUAUCUGGUCAAGUGGUUCCUGGGUCACGUCCUCCUGUGCCUGCUACUGUAAUGAGACCUCCUGUGCAAUCCACUGUUCCUUAUCAAGUAGAUGGUGCCAUCCAACGAUCACAACAACGGCUAAUGAGACCUUUUCCCGGUAAUGUUGUAAAUCAACAGAAUGAAGAGCAAGCCUUUGAAGAGACUACAUUUGCUCACAAAAAGUCUAUGGAGGAGAACAAGAUCUUGGAUUCCAGGGAGAAGGUCGAGUAUUAUCGUACUAAGAUGCAAGAACUAGUUCUUUAUAAAAGUAGAUGCGACAACAAGCUGAAUGAAAUCACUGAAAGAGCAUCUGGCGAUAAACGUGAGGUUGAGUCACUGGCCAAAAAAUAUGAAGAGAAAUACAAGCAAGUUGCAGAAGUCGCUUCAAAAUUAACUGUGGAAGAGGCUACAUUUCGUGACAUUCAGGGGAGGAAAACGGAGCUGCAAAAUGCAAUUGCUAAUAUGGAGAGGGGUGGAAGUUCUGAUGGACUGCUUCAGGUUCGUGCUGAUCGGAUUCAAUCUGACAUUGAAGAGCUAGUGAAGGCUUUGCAUCAACGCUGCAAACAUCACGGAUUAGACAUUAAGUCAAAAGCAACUAUUGAACUUCCCUUUGGUUGGCAACCCGGCAUACAAGAAGGUGCAAUUGAUUGGGAUGAAGACUGGGACAAAUUUGAGGAUGAAGGGUUUUUAGUUGCAAAGGAUCUUUCUGUAGAGGUGGAGAAAGAUGUCGUACCUUCAAAAUCUUUAAGUCCAUCAGUUUGGAGCAAUAAAAUCUCCACAGAUGGGAUCUCUCCUGUUGCACAAAUUGACCAUCUCUACAACACAGAUGAGCAGCUUUCUAGUCCUGAUGGGCGGAUAGCUGAGAGUGAAUCAGUCUUUGCUCCAAGUGAAUGUGGAUCAGUAAGAAGUCCUCUUGGUAGUCCGGGCAGAAGUGCAUUUGACGCUCCAUCUCAUGAAUUUCAUGGUACUCAUUAUGAUAUGCAUGAUAUUUCGCCUCGUGAUAAAGAUAAUCACAGUCAUGAAGAUGCUGAAUCUGCAUUUUCUGGCGAUAAGUUUACCGAUGAACCAUCCUGGGGUACAGCUUUUGAUACAAAUUAUGAUGUUGAUUCAGUAUGGGGUUUCAGUCCAAAGGACUCUGGUCAUGAGAGAACCAAUAAGAAUUCUUUCUUUGGUUCAGAAGAUUUUGGAACAAAUCACAUCAGGGUAGACUCUCCAAGUGCUAGCAGUGUGUUUGGGCAGGAUAAAAAGAGCCCCUUCUUUGAUUCCGUUCCAAGUACCCCUCACUUUACAUCUAAUUCAUCUCCAAGGUUCAGUGAAGGACACGACGACCGUACUUUCGACGAUUUUAGCCGGUUCGAUUCUUUCAGCAUGCACGACAGCAGGUUUUCGCCGAAACGUGAAAGUCAUGCGAGAUUCGAUUCCAUAAGCAGCAUCAAUGAUUUUGAUCGGAGCCGAGGUUUCUCGUUCGAUGACUCGGAUCCCUUUGGCAUCGGCCCUUUCAGGUCCUCAGAAAACCAUUCCCCAAAAAAAAAUUCUGAUAAUUGGAGAUCCUUCUAAGGUGAGUUGUUUGAAGAGAUGCUUUCUUUUUAUAUUUUAUAUUCUGCCUUUAUACAGGUUAGUUAAAUCCUUCAAACAAAGCUUGAUUUGUUCUGUAAAAUAUGAAACUCGAGUUGGGUGUCAUUUAGGUAACUCGUUUUUAUUCAGUUGUUCUAUUCUUUUGCUAUUAUUUAAUAGUUUUAUUCGUGUAUAAUCUUUUUAUUUGCUAUUAGAGGAUUGGCAGGACAAGGUUUUGGAUUAUUAUUAUGAUUCUUAUUAUUUUGAUAUAA